AUGCUGGGCUGGUGUGAAGCGAUAGCCCGAAACCCUCACAGAAUCCCAAACAACACGCGGACACCAGAAGUCUCAGGGGACUUGGCUGAUGUCUCACAAACCUCCACAUUGAACGAAAAGUCUCCUGGGAGAUCUGCUAGUCGAUCAAGUAAUAUUUCAAAAGCGAGCAGCCCAACAACAGGAACAGCACCUAGGAGCCAGUCAAGAUUAUCUGUCUGUCCAUCUACUCAGGACAUCUGCAGGAUAUGUCACUGCGAAGGGGAUGAAGAAAGUCCCCUCAUCACACCCUGUCGCUGCACUGGUACCCUGCGCUUUGUCCAUCAGUCCUGCCUUCACCAGUGGAUCAAAAGCUCAGAUACACGCUGCUGUGAGCUCUGCAAAUAUGACUUCAUCAUGGAGACCAAGCUCAAACCUCUCCGGAAGUGGGAGAAACUCCAGAUGACCACCAGUGAAAGGAGGAAAAUUUUCUGCUCUGUCACCUUCCAUAUCAUUGCCAUCACCUGUGUGGUUUGGUCCCUGUAUGUCUUGAUAGAUAGGACAGCAGAAGAGAUCAAACAAGGCAACGAUAAUGGUGUCCUUGAAUGGCCAUUUUGGACAAAACUGGUUGUAGUGGCCAUUGGCUUCACAGGAGGUCUCGUCUUCAUGUAUGUACAGUGUAAAGUCUACAUUCAGUUGUGGCGCAGGCUGAAGGCCUACAACCGGGUGAUCUUUGUGCAAAAUUGUCCAGACACUGCCAAAAAACUAGAGAAGAACUUCCCAUGCAAUGUAAAUACGGAUACCAAGGACACUGUUAUAGUGCCUGUACUGCAAACAGGUACAAUUGCACCACCUCCUGCAGAGGGCGGCCCACCUGAAGUCAUACCAGUGUGAUGGUAUUAGUUGGAAGUCUCUUCAUAGAACAGUAUUUCCAGCCCUAAGCCACUACAAGGACACAAGUGAUACUCAAUGACUGUCUUCUCUUCUACCGAAUUAUUUUCCUUACUUAAAAAGCAAAGGAGAGGAAAACAAAGAUCAAAUGAGGACCACAUGAAGCAAGUGUAAAGUGAAAUGGGAAAGUGAAAAAAAUGUAUUUGCUAUAAUGAUUUCUAAGACAAUUAAGAACCACUUGAGCAAGGAACGCUUUUAAGUAA